AUGCUUCCAGAAUACCAUGAGGCCUACGUUACUUGCACAGUGCAGCCAGAACUUGUUCAACCUGGUGUUUCGUCUCCCGUCUACUGGGACUGGUUGGAAUGGGAAUACAGGCGAAACCACAAAGAACGUCUUGUUCGCCGGUCCAAGCCCGUCAAAAUUUGCAGUGUGUUGGGGGAAGAGAAACUGGAACUUUAUCCCCCUCCAAAGAAAACCGCACCAAACAGACUAGAAAUAGUUGCUGUUCGACCU